AUUGGAAAGAAUUACGAGAUGGUAAAAAUGCAGAAUGAUGAAGUGCGAAGGUCGCAAAGAAUGCGUCAACAACGCAAAAUGUUUUCUGGCCUUGAAACAGGAGAAGCGUUAGAAGAUUUACGCACAAGCGAUUUAGAGUCGACCGAUACUGAAACAUUAAUUGAAGAUGAAUAUAUUGAGUCAGAAGGUGUACAUCGACGUAGUACUGGAUCGGUUAAUAAGCGUGUUAAACAGGGAGUUAAAGAACCGCGAAAGACAAAAGAAGAAUGGAAUAGGAUUAAAUCAAAACGAAUAUCCUUCUCUCAGGAAAACCAAGGAGAAAAUAAUGCUCUAUUUGAAGCCCUUAUAGAUUAUGAAGCAUCUUUGGAUGUAUUAGUUUUGGAUUGGAUAGACGCGUAUGAACGAGAUGGGCAGCAGGCAUUAGUCGAAUUUAUUAAUUGUAUACUAAAGUGUUGUGGAUCUGAUCAAACAAUUAAUACAGAUCAUCUUGUUGACCAAGAUUCUGUAGCAGACACAUUAUAUGAAAUACAAGAAGCAUCACGUAUAAAUUUGAUGCGGGAUUAUCCUAUUAUUUCUAAGUCAAAUCUGUAUAAGGGAUUUAAAAAGCGAUUAGUUGAUUUUGUAGAUCGCUGGAUAGAUCAAGUUUCUUUACGAGAGCAUCUAUAUAAUAGUCCAGAGUUAAUGGAACAGUUUCAGGCAUGGGUAAUUGCAAUGUCGAGUUCUACAUUUCGCUCAUUUAGGCAUACGAGUACGGUGAUUAGUUUGGCAAUGGUUACAUCAUUAUCUGGUGUUCUUAAUCGAGUUACUAAGGAGGAACAAAUUGCUAAUAAACAGUAUGAAACGGAAAAAAAGAGGCAUUCAAAUGAAGAACGAAUGAAAAUUGUUAAAACUAGGAUUAGUACCUUUGGAAAACAAAUGGCAUUUUUAAAAACUACAAUUAAUGAUUUUUUUGAUAGUGUAUUUGUUCACCGGUAUCGUGAUGUAGAUCCUAAAAUUCGAUGUGAUUGUGUCCAUGAACUUGGUCUCUGGAUGAUCAAAUUGCCUAGCAUAUUUUUUGAUGGUAUAUAUCUUCGAUAUUUAGGAUGGGUUCUUUCAGAUAUUAGCCCUUUGACUCGUCUGGAGGUUGUAAAAACCUUGUCUAAACUUUAUUCUAAUAAUGAGUUUAUUGCUGGACUUAGACAUUUUACAGAAAGAUUUAAACCUAGGCUUAUAGAAAUGGCAUUGCACGAAAUAGAUUCAAAUAUUCGCUGUUCAUCUAUCACUUUAUUAAAUGGAGUACGGCUUUGCGGGUUUUUAGAAGAUCAUGAAAUUGAUUUAAUAUGUACUCUUCUUUUUGAUACUGAUUCUAAGAUAAGAAAAAGGGUAUCUCCUUUUUUUCUUUCUAAAGUUGAGGAAUUAUUUGAAAAUAAAAUACGGGAGUUAGGUGAUCCUGCAUUAAAAUGCAAAAUUGAUAUUGAAAAUGGUGAUUUUGAGCUGAAUAAGCUUUUAUGGGUAAAAUAUAAAGUUAUUGCCGAGCUUUUGGUUCAAUUGGAUGAAACAGCCGAUAAUAUUAAUUCCUCUAAUAAGGAAAAUAUAUUUGUUAAGAAUUUUAGUAAUACAGAGUAUCUCGAUAUCGCUUCUGAUUCAAAACCUGAAAGUAGAAUACAUAUGGUUUCAAUGGCAAUAUGCUCUGAUAUUGAAGAGUUAAAGAAUUGGGAAUCGUUAGCAGAGUAUUUGUUAUACGAUCAUGUAGCCGUUUUUUCAAAACUUAAUUCCUUAAAACAACCUAAACAUAGAUUUUAUCAAAUAUCUGCUCCAACUGAAAAGGAAGAAAAUGUGCUUUUGCAGGUUCUUUAUGUUUGUGUUUAUCUUGAUAUUUUUUUUCCAGAUUAUGAUAUAAAAUCAAAAAAAAAGUUAUAUUCGCAGAUUAAAGAUGAACAUGAAGAAAGUGUUUCAAGAAUUUUACUUGGACUGGUUCCAUCUUUAUUAAAAAAGUUUAAUUUUUCGGCAGAUGCCUCUGUAUCUAUUUUGCGUUUAGAGCAAUUGAUAAAGUUAAGCGUUUAUCAGCAUUUUCGUCAAAAUAAAACAUAUGAAAAUUUGUUAGAUUUAAUUGGAAAGCAAUUUAUGAAACAUCCCAAUAAUUUGGUGAUGAGAGAAGCUAUUAGUUCUUUACUUAAAGCUCAACAGUUUGAUGAACUUGCUUCAAUAACUCAAGGAAAAAUUAUAGAAAUCCAGGAAGAGGCCGUUAAUCAAUUAAAAAGCAUUAGAUUGAAUAGGGAUUUGAAAACUGCGGAUUUAUCAAGUAAAAUGAUUGAAAAUCUUACUAUUGCAAUUAAGCGAUUAGAUUAUAUAUCUUCAAUUUCAGAUUGUAUAAAGGUUUUUGAAACUAAUUCUUUUAGUGUUUCUUUAGUUUUACUUGAAGUUGCGGAAAGAGUAAUAUCAUUUGAUGAUAGCGAAUUAGAGAUGAUUAUAAAUUCUUUGAGAACAUUGAAGUGGUUAUAUCUAUGGAAAGUGAAGCAUCUUAUUGAUCAUAAAAACAAUAUAUCUUCUAAAGAGUUUAAUGCGAUAAUUGCUGAUCGCGAUAAGCUUUUUGAUAAAUUUUACCCUAUAAUAGAAAAUAAGAAAUAUUAUAGAAUUGGAUAUUAUGUCGUAUCUUUCUUGAUAGAUUUGUAUGUAGUUUUUUUAAAUCUUAAAACGAUAAAUACACAUCAAAUCUUUGAUGAGACUAUUUUUAUUAUACCUAAAAAAAUGCAAAAUAUUAUUAUAUCAUUACUUAAUUAUUAUGUAAGGCAAUAUACCAAAUUAAAUGAAUCUAAAGGUGUUAAAUUUUUAACUGAUGAAGAAACGGAUCAAGAGCUUGAAGAUAAUAGUGAUGAAAAAACAUCUUUGGUUUCAGAAAAAUUUAUGUGUGAAAUUGCAGGAAAAGUUGUAUUAGCGAUUUUAAAUGGUGCAAUGAGCAAUGAAUAUAUUUCAUAUCUUAUAGCAAAUAGAGAUAAAUUAGGAUUAAGUUACAAUCACAUAGUAUGUGAGCUUGAUAUAUUAGAGAUAAAUGGAAAAAUUCCUGAAAAAAAUUAA